AAUUCAUAGAAUCGCGUAUAUUUUCCUUUCUCGGAAGACCGUUGUUGCUAAGCGGCAGCAACUACGUACGUUUGUUUUGUUUGCGGGUUUAGUCGAAGACAACAGGCAGCAAAGGCCAGACGCUUACGGACCUUCUAUAAAGAAACAGUGCGGGAGAGUAGUAUUGAGCAAUAUGGAAUUAACAAAGAAUUUAUUGCAUUUUGCUGUGCUGUCGUUUGUCGCAUUAGCUGUGAAAGGUUGUGGCCGUUUAAAGUGCUACAAGUGUAACUCCCAGGAUUCGCCGAAUACUUGCGGCGAAAGUAACUUCGACCCCAAUGUUCACGCUAAUGAUGUAGUAAGUGGGAGCGUCUUGAGAAAUAGUGAUAAUGGUGGUACCAGUUGUAUUCGAGGCUGGACUACGAAUGAUCAGGGAACUUAUUAUUACCGUGACAAAUCUAACGCGAAGCUCUGGGAUGGAUGUUCGACCCCACAGGUGUGUGCCUGUAACGAAGACCUGUGUAACUCGAAGGGGUCGCGAGUGACGACAUCUCUAGCGACAACAUCUCUCUUACUCUCUGCAUUAGGAACAGUGUUGGUGAAGAAACUAAUAAUAUGAAGGAAAGAAAUGAGGAAACGACUUAACAUUUGAUGAAUAUAAAAAUAAAGUUUAAAGGGACUAUAUUUUCUCUCAAAAAUCCAUAUAAAGAGAGUGCUCUGAAAGUGACGAACGGUAUAAACUUAUUAACAUAUGAUUUUGCAAGAUAUUCUUAUAAAUAAACAGAAGGUAGUUUACCGUUGCAACGCUUUUGAAAUAAUUCAGAAAAUUUACUUUCUUCUUGCAUGCAUGUUUACCAAUACCAAUCCUUUUAUUUUCAUCUACUAUAUCAUUUUGUAGUGACAUAUGUACAUUCAUUGGUUGAAAUAAACAUGUGAAAAUGUUCACCCAAAAUGU